AUGUUCGCUUUCAAUCCGGAUCCGCCCUCAACGGUAUCCCGACUUGACAAGUCAAAGACCCUGUCGGCUUGUCACCACACUCAGAAAGACGCAGCUGGUACUCCACUCCGCGAGGUCGUCAUCGUGGCCGCAUCUCGGACGCCAGUGGGCUCGAUCAACGGCACUCUGAAGAGUCUAACAGCCCCUCAACUGGGAUCUAUUGCUGUAAAGCAUGCACUUGCUUCGACGUCCAUCAAUCCGUCCCUGGUCGAAGAGGUGUACUUUGGCAAUGUCGUUCAGGCCGGGGUGGGACAGUCGCCUGCGCGGCAGGUGGCGCUAGGGGCAGGACUAUCCACUGCCUCUGAUGCGACCACCAUCAACAAAGUCUGCGCGAGCGGAAUGAAGGCUAUCAUCUUUGCGGUGCAGACCAUUGCAACAGGCGACAAAGAUGUCGUUGUUGCCGGCGGUAUGGAAAGUAUGAGCAAUGCCCCGUUCCUAAUUCCGCGCCAGAAUCCUACUUUCGGCAAGUUCACGACGAAAGAUGCGUUGGAACACGACGGUCUUUGGGAUGUAUACAACAACUUCGCCAUGGGCCAUUGUGGCGAGGCUACGGCCUCGAAGUAUGGAAUCACCAGGGAACAGGCGGACACUCAUGCCAUAGAAUCCUACCGGCGGGCGGAACGCGCAUGGUCCAGCGGGGCGUUCGACGCCGAGAUUGCGCCAGUGACUAUCCUGGGUAAGAAGGGCGAUGUCAUAGUACGCGAAGACGAAGAGUACAAGCGAGUCGUAUAUGACAAGAUCCCGACGCUGAGUCCCAGCUUCAAGAAAGACGGAGGUAUCAUCACCGCGGCCAACUCGUCGAACAUCAACGAUGGUGCGUCCGCGGUGGUACUCAUGUCCGCGGAUAAAGCCAGGGAAUUAGGUGUCAAGCCACUUGCGCGUGUCAUCUCGCACGCCGAUGCUGGUGUCGAUCCCAUAGAUUUCCCCAUCGCCCCGACGCUUGCCUUGCCUCGUGCUCUACAAAAGGCCGGGUUGUCCAAGGAAGACAUCGCCCUUUGGGAGGUGAACGAGGCCUACUCCGUCGUCAUCAGAGCCAUUGAGAAGGUCCUGGGCUUGGACCCAGCGAAGAUCAAUGUGAACGGCGGCGCAGUGGCUCUAGGGCAUGCCAUCGGCAAUUCUGGUUCGAGGAUCAUCGUGACCUUGACUCAUGCGCUCAAAGCGGGCGAAUAUGGUGCUGCAUCGGUCUGCAAUGGGGGAGGCGCGGCCUCUGCGCUCAUUAUUCGUAAGAUAUAG